UAUAUUUUUAAUGAUGGCUCUUUUCGAUGUAAACAUUUAGUGAUUCUCUAGGUGUCAGUGUUACAUUAAGGAACGCUGAAAUUGCACUCAAAAAAGACUCUGCCCUCAUAAAAUCUGAUUCAUCCGUUCGAGCACAAAGAACGGCAUCAUUUUGGAGGCUGCACGGACCAGAUCUGACGUUGCUUAUUUAUUUAUUCUUUGGAAAUACUUUUUUAUAUAUAUACAUUUGUUUUUUGUGGAUGAUAUUCGUGGAUAACAAUUUGGAUGGUUAUGCCGGGAGAGACAAAGCAAACGGAGCCAAAAUGACGUCUUUGUCAGGCGCGCUGUUUUUCUUCCUGAUUUUCUGCCGCACCGAGCUAAUUUCAGCGCAGCUAAAAUACUCCACACUGGAGGAGGUGAAAGUUGGAGCCGUGAUCGGAAACGUUGCCAAGGAUUUGGGCCUGGAUGUCAGCAUGCUGUCCAGCAGGCGAUUCCGUAUUGUGUCAGGAGCUGACGGCGCACUGUUCGAGGUAAACACGAACAAUGGGGUUCUGUUCGUGCAGAAGAACAUUGACCGCGAGCAGCUGUGCGACGGAAACGCCGCCUGUUUUACGGACCUUAAAAUCGUUGUGGAAAACCCACUCGAGGUUCAUUAUGUCACUGUGGAAAUAAUAGAUGCAAACGACCACGCGCCGAGUUUUGCAGAAAAAGAAAAAGUGAUAGAAAUAGCGGAGUCCACUGCGCCCGGAGCACGAUUUCAGCUUCCAGGCGCGCGUGAUCCAGAUGCUGGAAUAAAUGCUGUACAACGCUACAAAAUGAGUCAAAAUGAACAUUUUAAUUUGGAAAUUAGAGACAGGGGUGAGGACAAAAUCCCUCUCUUAGUGUUGCAGAGGCAGCUGGACAGAGAGCAGAACAGAAACCACAGCUUGAUUUUAACUGCCAAAGAUGGAGGGACACCUCCUCGAUCAGCUAAUCUCAACAUUACAAUUAAAGUUCUUGAUAAUAAUGAUAACAGACCCACGUUUUCUGAAGAUAUUUAUUCAGUUACAUUGCAGGAAAAUGCAGCUAUAAAUACGUAUAUCACACAGGUCAAAGCAACUGAUCUGGAUGAGGGAUUUAAUGGAAAUAUUGAGUUUGCAUUCGGAGGUGAUGUUAAUCCAGAUGUUUUAAAACUGUUCAGUCUAGAUAAACAAAAGGGAGAAAUUCGAGUUAUUGGUUUAAUAGAUUAUGAAACAGCUAAUGUUUACAACCUAGACGUACAAGCCUCUGAUAAAGGCACACCCCCGAUGACCACAGACUGUAGAGUCAUAAUAAAGGUCCAAGAUGUCAAUGACAAUAAACCAGAAAUAGAGAUAACAUCAUUAUCCAGUAUGAUCCCAGAGGAUUCGAAACCAGGAACAGUUGUUGCUCUGAUAAGUGUAAAAGACAGUGAUUCUGGUUUGAAUGGAAAAGUGGUUUGCCGCCUACCAGAAAAUAUUCCAUUUGAUUUAAAACCAUCAUUUAAAGAAAAUAUGUAUUCAUUAAUUACAAAGGAAACACUGGACAGGGAAUCUGUGUCACAUUAUGACAUUUUAUUAACAGCUACAGACUGUGGGGAGCCGCCUCUCUCCACGUUAAAAACUCUGAGCAUUCAGGUGUCGGAUGUGAAUGAUAACGCGCCCACAUUUUUACACAGUCCUCUGGAAUUAUAUUUGAUAGAGAACAAUACUCCUGGUGGGUCUAUAUUUUAUGUGAGCGCAUCUGAUAGAGACUUGAACGAAAACGCGGUUGUGUCUUAUCGGUUAGUGAAAGGUGAGGGCGGCCAUACAGACAUGACAUCUUUUCUGAAUAUACACGCUGAGAACGGACAGAUAUCAGCGCUGAAAAGCUUUGAUUUUGAAAGUCUGAAAACUUUCCAGUUCCAAGUUGUGGCCACAGAUUCUGGAGCUCCGUCUCUGAGCAGCAACGUGACA